AUGAAACCACACUUGAAGCAAUGGAGACAACGAAUGCUUUGCGGGAUAUUUACUUGGGGGCUCCUCUUCCUGGUGAUUUUCAUUUACUUCACCGACAGCAACCCUGCCGAGCCCGCGCCGAGCUCCUUUGCCCUGCUGGAGCCCAGGAGGCUCUUGCCCAUGCCCGGGAAGCAGAGGGCCAUCAUGGGUGCCAUGCAGGACCCCUCCUCGCCGGACAGCGUGGACGCAAACAAGGGGCUGCUGGACGGACACCCCACGGUGCCUCGCGACCUGCAGAAAUGGGCCCAGGGGCAAGAUGGGGUUGAAAAUGAAGAGCUCUUUUCAUCCCAGAUCGGGAGAAGAUCUCAAAGUACUUUCUACCCGGAGGGCGACGAGUACAUCUUUGCUGCCGGGUCUCGCAGCCACCGUCAGGGGGCGUCGAAGUCCCUUUCCCCCGGGGACCCUGGCCGGGGGGAGCGGGCAUGGCAGGUGAAGAAGGGGCACCGGCACCAGGGCAGCAGCCCAGCGCAGGAGGAGGGCGACGGGGACAGGCUGUACUCCUCCAUGUCCAGGGCCUUCCUGCACCGCCUCUGGAAGGGAGCCGUCUCCUCCAAGAUGCUCCACCCGCGCCUGCAGAAGGCGAUGAAGGACUACCUGGCGGCCAACAAGCACGGCGUGCGCUUCCGCGGGAGGCGCGCGGCGGGGCGGAGCCGGGCGGCCCUGCUGUGCGCGCUGCGGCGCCAGGUGCGCGUGCGCACGCUCGACGGCACGGAGCCGCCCUUCUCGGCGCUGGGCUGGCGGGCGCUGGUGCCCGCGCGGCCGCUCAGCCAGCUGCACCCGCGCGGCCUGCGCUCCUGCGCCGUGGUCAUGUCCGCCGGCGCCAUCCUCAACUCCUCCUUGGGCGCGGAGAUAGAUUCUCACGACGCAGUCUUGAGGUUUAACGCUGCCCCGACACGUGGCUAUGAGAAGGAUGUUGGGAAUAAAACCACUAUGCGCAUCAUUAACUCCCAGAUUCUGACCAACCCCAACCAUCACUUCCUUGACAGUUCCUUGUAUAAAGAUGUCAUUUUGGUGGCCUGGGACCCCGCUCCUUAUUCUGCAAAUCUUAACCAGUGGUACAAGAAGCCCGAUUACAACCUGUUCACUCCAUAUGUUCAGCAUCGCCAGAGACACCCCAAUCAGCCAUUCUACAUUCUUCAUCCUAAAUUCAUAUGGCAGCUUUGGGACAUCAUCCAGGAGAACACCAAGGAGAAGAUCCAGCCCAACCCUCCGUCUUCUGGCUUCAUCGGAAUCCUCAUCAUGAUGUCCCUGUGCAGUGAGGUGCACGUGUACGAAUACAUCCCGUCCGUGCGGCAGACGGAGCUUUGCCACUACCACGAGCUGUACUACGACGCGGCCUGCACGCUCGGGGCCUACCACCCGCUGCUCUACGAGAAGCUGCUGGUGCUGCGCCUGAACGCGGGCGCGCAGGGGGACCUGCACCGCAAGGGCAAGGCCGUGCUGCCCGGGCUGCGCGCCCUGCGCUGCCCCGCCCCCGCCGCUUGACGGGACUCUGGGAGCCAGUGUGCAGUAAGGACUGUCUCUUUCCCGAGCCCUCUCAGACUGCUUUCUUGAGCAGGAGUGAUUUACAGAACUGACAGCUGUUUGGUCCGCCUCCUGAGCAGAAACCCGGCUGGAUGGCAGACGUGGCCUGUGGCUGCUGAGUGGUGAGGAGGGUGGCCAGGAGGUCUGACGUGGCGGUGUCCACGAAAGCCCCUUUGAGAACUUUGUUUCUGUGAGACGGGAUGAGUAUUUUGUCCUACACAUUCUCUCAUGUCUGAGCAGACAUGGUCAAGCACUUUUCUUAUUUCCUGAAAGAGUUAGUCUUGUACCAUGUUUAGUGGGCGAUGGGCUCGGUGAUCCUGGACGCUCCUGAGGUGGCCCUGAUGCGGUGGAUGCCCUUCCCACAUCUUUAGUACCCAGGACACCCCCUUGGAUGACUUGAGAAA